GGCUCUCCAGGCGGCGGAAACCCAGAGUAAAAGCACGCAGAGCAGGGCGGGGCACAGGAGCUGCCAGUCCCGCAGCCGGCGCCCUGGCGCAGCUUCCUGAACCGGAAGGAGGGAAGGAAGGAAGGAGGGAAGAAGCAGGCGAGCCCGCCCACGCCCAGCCCAGCGGGGCCAGCCGACUCCUCUGCCUCCUCGGCAACCGGCUGCAGGCUGGGAGGCGAAGGCGGCGCACUCGUACGAACAGACCCGUGCUCUCCCAGCUGCCGCUCGCUCGGCAAGAAUGGAAAUCCCCCCGACCCACUACCCAGCCUCGAGGGCGGCCUCGGUGGUGGAGAACUGCAUCAACUACCAGCAAGGGACCCCCAACAAGGUGUUCCUGGUGCAGACAGUCAAACAGGCCAGCAUGGAGGAUAUUCCAGGAAGAGGACAUAAGUAUUGCCUUAAGUUUUCUGUGGAAGAAAUUAUCCAAAAACAAGUGAUAGUGAACUGCACAGCUGAAGUUCUUUACCCUCCAAUGGGACAAGAUACUGCACCAGAAGUCAACUUCACAUUUGAAGGAGAAAUUGGAAAGAACCCUGAUGAAGAAGAUAAUACAUUUUAUCAAAAACUCAAGUCCAUGAAGGAACCACUAGAAGCAGAAAAUAUUCCAGACAGUUUUGGAAAUAUAUCUCCAGCAAUGAAGCCAAUCCGACAUUUAGCCUGGGUUGCCUGUGGUUAUAUAAUAUGGCAGAAUUCUACUGAAAACACAUGGUAUAAAAUGGUAAAAAUUCAAACUGUCAAGCAAGUGCAAAGAAAUGAUGACUUCAUUGAGUUAGACUACACCAUUCUACUUCAUGACAUUGCAUCUCAGGAGAUUAUUCCUUGGCAAAUGCAAGUUCUCUGGCAUCCACAAUAUGGCACUAAAGUAAAACAUAAUAGCCGUCUGCCAAAGGAAGCACAACUGGAAUGAAAGAAGACCCCCAACAUUGGAUGAAGUGUCAGUAUGCUUACUAAUGAUGUGUAUGUCAACCUUCACUGAUAUCGAGCUGAAGGGGCCAAACAAAUCCCUAAUGUCACUCUGUAUAAAUGUCUUAGCUACAGCACAGAACUGUAUAGCUUCCAUAAUAAAGAGUGUCAUGAUGUAAAAGUGUCUUAAUAACAGUAAUAGUACUAUGUAUAUCCCACAAUAAAAAGCUUCAAUUCCAGCCUCAUAA